AUGGAUCAAGCACCAGACAUUAAGGCUUCGUUUCUUAAGUUCAGCAACGAUUACCCUCAGCCAUUAGAGCCCAGGGUGGCCACCCAUCCAUAUCUUCCGACCAAGUCACCGUUCACAGCGUCGCAAUCCCCUUACCCAAAUGAAAAGCCCAAUAUACCAGUCACACCACGACAGAACAUAUACUUCCAAACUCGUCGAAAGAACAAAGAGGAGAUUGAGAGCUCAUGGCUUACGUGGCUUCCAAUAAUCGGCAUCAUACUUGGCUUUGGGUGCACAGGUGCACUUGUCUGGGACGGCAUCCGCCAAAAUAAGCUCCCUGAGUACUGCGAGAUCCUCAAUGAAGACUUCUCCAGCGGCUUCAACCAGAAAAUAUGGACCAAAGAAGCUGAAGUCGGCGGAUAUGGAAAUGGUCAGUUCGAGGAGACCACCACUACGGACGAAAAAGUCUUCAUCCGCGACGGCAUGCCGGUGAUGCGCCCCUCACUGCAGGACGAAAGCCUCAUCUACAGGGACAAUAUCAUCAGUCUCACCGAAGCUGGCACUUGUACGGCCGACGGCCAGCCUUGGAACAGCUGCGUCACCUCCACCAACACGACCAGCGGCACUAUCGUCAACCCAGUCAAAAGCGGCCGCGUCAACUCCAAGAAGGGCGCAACCAUUCGCUACGGUACCCUCCCUCGGGUUCUAUUCCUUGACUUACCUCGACUAACGCCCAACAUGAAAGGUCGAAGUCGAAGCCCAGGUCCCCUCCGACGACUAACUCCGCUCUCAAGCGAGAUGAACAUCUGCGAAUCACGCGGCAACAACUACAGCUACAGUAUGGGCGGAGACGACAUCGUCAGCAGCGCCCUGCAUUGGGGCCCAGACUUCGCCAGCGACAUGUGGUGGCGCACCAACGCGCGCAAGGAGGCGCUGCACACUACCUUCAGCAAGGGCUGGCAUACUUAUGGACUGGUGUAG